ACCAGCCCGGAGCAGGAGGAGAUGAACGGGGGACUAGGGGUGAGGAGGAGGGGGGAGGAAGAGGAGAGUGUAGGAGGGAGGAUCCCUCUAAGUCCUUCCGUAGGGAUCUCUCCUUCUGCCACCAAUGAACAGCGCUCUCAACCCCCCAGCCAAUCAAAUGCCAGUUCCAAACCUCCAGGGGAGGAGCCAGAGAAGCCAGCCUUGAAGAAGACGUCAGGCAAAAUGGCUGCCGCAUUGGGCAAAACCAAAACUAACCCAGGGACCAAAACGCUUCCUACCGUAACCCCUGACAUCACCAAGCCCCAGGAUCCCACCCCGACCUCCGUCCCUGAACCCAAAAGAGCGGUAUCAUCGUUGCCUAACAACACUGAAAAGAAGCAUCCGCCCUCUGUCGCUCCCGAGACUCCAACCACCCAACGGCGCAAGAUGGCCGCCCAACUCCACAACACUGGCCCAGGCCCUGCUGCUCCUACAGUCCCUGCUGCUCCUACAGGCCCUGCUGCUCCUACAGUCCCUGCUGCUCCUACAGGCCCUGCUGCUCCUACAGUCCCUGUUGCUGCCUCUACCACUCCUACAGUCCCUGUUGCUGCCUCUACCACUCCUACAAUCCCUGUUGCUGCCUCUACCACUCCUACAAUCCCUGUUGCUGCCUCUACCACUCCUAAAGUUCCUGUUGCUGCCUCUACCACUCAUACAGUUCCUGUUGCUGCCUCUCCCACUCCUACAGCUCCUGUUGCUGCUUCUACCACUCAUACAGCUCCUGUUGCUGCCUCUCCCACUCCUACAGCUCCUGUUGCUGCCUCUACCACUCCUACAGCUCCUGUUGCUGCCUCUCCCACUCCUACAGCUCCUGUUGCUGCCUCUCCCACUCCUACAGCUCCUGUUGCUGCCUCUCCCACUCCUACAGCUCCUGUUACUACCACAGCGCCCCCCCCUGACAGGAGGCCGACAGUGCAGGCUCCAGUGGAGGAGAAGAAGCAGGAGACGGAUGAUAGGAGCUGGUGUCAGACCCAGCUCCCUGAGGCUGUAGCUGAGAGGCCUGCUGGAUUGGAGGUUGGGGUGGGUGUAGGGUCCAUGGGGGUAGGAACUGGGAUGGAGAUGGGAGGGGUAGGGACAUUUGGAGCAGGGGCAGGGGCAGGGAUAUUUGGAAUAGGGGUAGGUUCGGGAGUAGGACCUGGGAUAGGGCCAAGAGGUGACUCAAGCCCCAUUGGUAGAGACCAGAGGGCAGACAGGCACAGUGUAGAGUUCAGCAUGUCCAGGGGGGAACCCAAACCGUCCGAGGGGGGCUACAGCUAUACCAUAGGGGCCCUGGGAAGCUCCCCUCGUCUAGGCCGACACACCACCGCAUACGGCCAGGAGGUUGAGCUGGGGGGGUACGGGGGUUCCUACUGCUCCUCUCUGUACGGCAGUGGGGGUGGAGGAGGGAUGUAUGGGGGACUGGAGCACGGAGGUGUUGGGGUCAGAGGUCAUGGUAGUAGUACUGCUGAUUGGCAGAUGGACAGCGUGAUCGAACAGAUCGAGAAGCAAAUGGCGGCAGUGCUGGAGAAGAUCGAGGGGGACAUGCCCUCUCUCCUGGAACAGAUCAGUGACUGCCCCCCGCCUCCCGAACCCCCCCGCAGCACACACACCUCCCCCUCCUCACGCUCCCGCUCCUCUCAUCUCUCCCCCACCUCCUCCUCCCUCACCUCUACCUCUUCCCCCCCGCCCCUCCCCACCUCCCCCAGACCACCUCUCCCCUCCCUCCCCCACCUCACCAUCCCCCCUCCUUCCUACCCUCCUCCCUCCCCGCCCACCCACUCCCCUGGCCAGCCAAUCUGUGAGCAGGAGGAGAGAGAGGGACAGAUGGGAGCAGUCCAUUCUAGCCAAUCCCCAUCCUCCAGGCCAGGGAAGGGCCUAUAAGUUACAGUCUUGUCUCAUCGCUGCAACUCCCGUACGGACUCGGGAGAGGCGAAGGUCGAGAGCCGUGCGUCCUCCGAAACACAACCCAAUCCGCACUGCUCAACCCGACACAAUGCCCACUUACCCCGGAAGCCAGCCGCACCAAUGUGUCGGAGGAAACACCGUAACACCUGGCGACCGUGUCAGCGUGAACUGCGCCCGGCCCCGCCACAGGAGUCGCUAGAGCAUGAUGGGACAAGAACAUCGCUGCCGGCCAAACCCUCCCCUAACCCGGACGACACUGGGCCAAUUGUGCGCCUGCCCCAUGGGUCUCCCGGUCACGGCCGGCUGUGACAGGGCCUGGACUUGAACCAGGAUCUCUAGUAGCCUUAGACCACUACACCACUCGGGAGGCCCUUGUUGACUGGUUUUGAUCAUUUUGAAAUUGAUUGAUUCUACUGUAUACUGCUUUGUUCAUCUUCUUCUGAUCUUCUUCUGAUGUAAACUUCUUGAGACCCUCUCAGAUGCUGGCCUGCAUAUAAGGUCUGUCUGUCUGUCUUUCAAUAAAACGUCCAGA